AUGCAACAGCCGGAGUCUCAGCCGCCAGCUCAGCACACCGCUGCAGAUAUACUGGACCCUGAAGUUCAGUACCAGCGGCGGAGGAAGAGUGCUCUGUGUGUGACGGGGUCCCUGCUCUUCCUGUCUCUGGUGAUCUUGGCUUUGGGUCUCAUCUCCGCCACACGCACCGACAACGUUCCCGUCGCUGGAUAUUACCCUGGAAUCAUUUUGAGUUUCGGGUCCUUUCUGGCGAUCGUCGGCAUCCACCUGGUGGAAAACCGCCGACCCAUGCUCACUGCCGCCAUCAUCUUCAUCAGCAUCGGAGUUAUUGCUUCAUUCUUCUGUGCCAUCGCUGAUGGGAUCAUCACCUCAGAGUUCAUUGACACCAGACCACUUGAGGAGGACAUGUGUGACUUCUACGGCAGUGGAUCAGGAUACGCCUACGACAGCUACUACACUGAGGUGACGUGUCGAUCCUUUGACAAAGCCUGUAAGCUGAAGUUGAGGAGCAACACCUGCUACUGCUGCUACCUGCACAACUGCGACAGCACAGAGUACCACUCCCCCUACUUUGAGUUCACGGGGGUCAGCAGCUGCUGGGACGUGAUCCACCUCCACCGCCUGCUCUGGUCCUCCGUGGUGCUCAAUGUGAUCGGACUCUUCCUGGGAAUUGUCACGGCAGCCAUCCUCGGUGCCUACAAGGACAUGCAGAAGCCGACGCUCUCAGUGGCCCCCAGUCCACAGCCGCCCCCCCACAUGCUCUACAACCCCGCCCAGCACAUGCUCACCUACGCCGGCUUUUGUGCUCCCGGUCAAAGCCUGCCUGCCUACCCCACAUAUCCACCCUUACCCAUGCAGCCUCCUACGACCCCCCAAGCCGUGUCAGAGACGGGCCCCAAUUCCACCACCGGUCCAUCUGAGGAGAACCAGUACCAGCAGCCCACUCAGCCGCCCACACAGAUGCAGCCUCCUCAGGGAGGACCCCAGGAUCCAGGGGGAUACAUGCAGACUCCCAACGCUCCAGCCUUGUAUGGAUCCGCGUACAGCCCCUUCGAGAAGCCCCCGCCCUACGCCUGCUGA